AAUUUUUUAUUUUACGCUACAAAGCUAGUUACCUGUCCAGCUCCGAAAAUUUUUUUCUUGUCAACAACCAACUACAAAAUGGGUUUCACUAAUCUCACCUCCGACGCUGGUCUUAAGCAACUCAACGACUACUUGACUGACAAGUCUUUCAUUGAAGGUCACGCUGCCAGUCAAGCUGAUGCUGUCGUCUUCAAGGCCGUUGGUGCUUCUCCCGACGCCGAGAAGUACCCCAACGCUGCUCGUUGGUACAAACAAAUUGCUACCUACGACGUCGCCGCCCUCCCUGGUACCGCCAAGGAGCUCUCUGCUUAUGGCCCUGCUGAAGGAGCCGCUGCUGAGGAGGAUGACAUUGAUCUUUUCGGCUCUGACGAGGAAGAUCCUGAAGCUGAACGUAUCAAGGCUGAGCGUGUCGCUGAGUACGAGAAGAAGAAGUCUCACAAGCCCAAGGCUGUUCAAAAGUCUCUUGUUACUUUGGACGUUAAGCCCUGGGAUGAUGAGACUCCUAUGGAUGAGCUCGAGAAGGCUGUCCGUGGCAUUCAAAUGGAUGGUCUCUUGUGGGGUGUCUCUAGACUUGUUCCCGUCGGUUUCGGUGUUAACAAGUUCCAAAUCAACUUGGUUGUUGAAGAUGACAAGGUCUCUUUGGAAGCUCUUCAAGAAGAACUUGAAGGUUUGGAGGACUAUGUCCAAUCCACUGAUAUUGCUGCUAUGUCCAAGUUGUAAGCUCGUUCCCUACUAGUAGUAAUGCAUAAGGACGAAGAUGAAAGAUUGGGUAUAUGCAGGAAUGGUCAAAUAACAAUCGAUUUAUAAAAUUAUUAAAUUGUAAGAAUGAUUGUAGCGAAAAAUAAACAUGAAGAAUGGUAAACAGUAAUAAUGAAGUAUCAAUUAUUAGGAAGCAAGGAUGUUUUAUACU